AUGAUCGAAAUUCCAAACUUGGAUCAGCCCUCCUACGGUCAGGACGAACUCGACCAACUUCAGGUUCAGUACAAUCGCCAUUCAGCACAUAGUCAAAUGCCUGAUGGCGCGUCCUCUGAUAACACCAUCCGCGUUAAUCUUCAUUCGGACCUGGAACCGCUGCUCCACACAGAGAACCUUCGUAGUUCAGUCCGUGCUGGGCUCGAGCUGCCCAUCGACUUUGUCAACGAUAGCAUGCUGCCUGCUGCUUCGCUUCCGAAUCUUAUUCACAUGACUACGAACUCUCCGCUGGCCGUGGAUCUGUACUUUCUGUCUCAUAAGCGUAUAGACGAUAUGGACGGGUACUCACCGCAGAUCGAGCCCGCCAACAUCAUCGAGGAGCUGCCUGAGGCCGAUGCAGAUGAUACCGAAGUUCAGAUUGAUAAGCUGCUGCUGUUUCAGUAUCAGGAUAACCCCACUCUAUCUGAAUCUAUCCAGAAAUUAGCUGACCAGUUCAAUGGCAAGGGUGGCCACUCGGAUUCGCUAAACGAGAUGCUGCAAGAGGAUCAGGAGCUCUACAAUAAUACCAGACUGUUCAUGAUCUCACCGAAUCAACAAAGUACGUCUGACGCUUCCCUUGCGCUUUCUGACUAUAUGCGAGAGCUUGAAAUCGAUCCUCAGGAAGUCCAAUACAGUAGAGCAACUCCUGUGCAUAUGAAAGCAGCGAAAUUUACUGUCCGUCAUCCUCUCAGUCAGGCUACGGGUCCAGAUUCAAUAAAUAUUGACGAUAUCGAUGCAGAGGCUGUUAUGGAGAAUGUUAGUGACAUUGAUCUGGUGAACGAAUCCCCAAAACAGCUCAAUCAGCAUCCUCUUGGAGCCAACACCAUAGAUCUCGACAUGCCUACACCUUUAAGAUCUUCCCUAUCUCAGGAAUUUGCAUCGCCUCGCAGCCAGAAACUCGAGUACGUGGAACCCUCCCCACAGUUGCCUCCUCCACUUUCUGCAAAAUCUCUGAAACAAGCAUUCGCACACUUUCAAGAGUUCUCCAACACCAGAAGAAGUCUAGCCACUGAACUAAAGAAUCCUGCGGAAUAUACCUUGCAUAUCGUCUUCACCCAGUUUGUUCGUCACGCUGAACUGAAGUUGAACAUGUGCCUCGACUUUCCACUUCUGGAAGAACCUCCCAUCAUUGAGAUCUUAGCAGAAGGGGUUGACAGAGAAUUUGACCACAUCAUUUCCUCACUUGGCUACAUUGCAAAACGUAAACCAAAACCUGUCAUUGACAGUGUGAUGUUUUGGAGGAAGUCCAAAAGCGAAGUUGCUGCUCGCGCAGCGUCUGAAGUCGAAAAGAUCGUUACUUUAUCGCAGACCUCGAUGUCUCGCUUGUCUGAAAGUAGUAAUGUUACAACAGUUGGUACCGCAGUUGGUACAGCAGUUGGCGGUGCCUUGGAUGCUCUCAAUUUCAAGGGCCCCCAGAACAAAGGCAAGAGGAGUCUCAGUCUAAUGAGAAGUAAGAGUAUUUCCAAAUUAACGCACCGCAGAAACAAUUCAGCAUCUGUGUUGUUGGAUUCACGCUCACAGGCUAAACAAAGUUCAGAAUCAAACCUAGGCAAUCCGUCCUACGAUUAUGAGCUUGCAAGACAGAAACAUUAUUUUGAGGAACAGAUCGCACAUGCGCAAGAAACGGCUGUUCAGGCCGAGCGCAAGUCUUUGGCUUCAAUAUAUAUACUUUGUCGUGUUUUGAUUGAAGUCGUGAAGCAAACUUCUCAAGACACAAUGGGGGAUGAUCUAGGAGGAAGACUCGAGGAGAUUGUUUACAACCAAUUGAAAACGACCGACCCAGUGAGCGCUAGUGAAUCUUUCGUAAGACUGGCCAAUUGGAAUUUAUUUGCUGAACUUCUCGGGUUCAUGUCCGAGAAGAGGUUCUUGAGUGUCAGCGAUCGGUUCAUUGCCGAUUUGGAAAAAGUUCCUAUCAAUGUGAAGCAUGAAGAUGAACCCAGCUUGCAUCUCCUUAUCUACGGUAUGAGGUAUCUAAAGCUCACUAACUAUCACCUUGAUAAGUUUGAAGAAAGUGCAGAGUUCAUCCAGUCCUUGACGAAGUUCUUUUCGAACUCGCGAAACCAGACAUUGACAUUUGCAUACGCUGAGGUAUUGAGUAACUUGAUUCUCCCUCUUGCUUCAAUUCUUACAGCUGAAGCUAAUCAUCCCAUAUGGGUAGACGCCGUCACCAAGAUCUAUUCUAAGGCUCGCAAAUUAUGGUCAAUAUCCAAUUCGGCUUACCAUCCUGGAAAUGCGAGCUCGAUAAAUCUUGCCCAAAUAGGUGGACCAAUCUUACCAAAUAAUGAUUGGGAUAUUUCAUUGAUCUUGAUGACAUCCGCAUUGAGUGUUGCUCCCAGAGAAUUGUUUGCAGAUAAUUGGUUCCUGAUCAUUGAAAACAACAUCAACAAGUUGAAACCUAAAGGAGACACUUCUGUGAAAACAAAACUAAUGGUUUGUUUGAGUAGACUCCUAUGGGUUUACAUCAACAGGCUCCCUGAUACAUUGAAUAACACUAUCAAGAAGUUGGACAGCUUGUUUGACUUAUUGUUCUUCGGUUCGCUAGUUGCAGGAAAGAAACAGCAAUGGAUUUCUCCGGAUAUCAACCUCUUGAAUGCAUUGUCAGAGAUUAUUCGAAUCGUGAGUUUCCAGCAUUUUAGCUACGUGCUUGACAACGUGAUUCUUAGGCUUUUGAAGUCGAGUUUUAACGGAGAAUCUCUUGAGAACAUGUAUACCGAAAAGUUAACUUUAGUCGUGAAGUCAUAUAUGCUAUGCCUUCAGGACAACAAGGUUGGUGUGAAGCCAAGUUUCCCAACUGACGAAUACAUGAAUGAGAGAUUUGCUGAAUCUGUUGGAAGCUUCGAAAAUGCACGUUCGAAGUCUGUUAGUAUUAAACUUGAUUCAACAACUCAGAGACAGAAUAGAAUCAUGUUUGAUAACAAGCAAAUCAAAAAUCAGGCUGCACAUGAAGACAUUUGUCAAACUUUUGCUUCGUUGCUAAAAUUACUCGAUAGCCUAGUUGGUAUGCAUACCUGGACCAAAACCGAAGGAUCAUUAGUCUCUGCUGCCUAUUCAAAGUCGUUGACCUCGUUCUCAUCAUUCCAUUUUGGACAGGAAUCGUCUCAUCUGACCUCUAGAGACGUUCAAAUUGAACUAUUUGCCAGCUUACUCUCUGCAAGCGCGUGGUCAAUUGUUCCACUAACAAAUGAGCAUUCUGGAAGUACAGUUGUUGGAAUCCAGUUCAAGUCUCUCGUUGAAAUAUUGGUCCGUAAUGCCAUUCAUGACAACGCAGUUAUUUCUCUGGCAUCGAUCAAUGCUUUAGGAAAGCUUGCAGCCAGAAAGAAUGCCGGUAAUUUUCUUCUCACUUAUGCUAGAAUUGCAUUCCGUCUCACAGAGAAGCCAGGACUUGUUUAUGAGUCAGAGUAUUUCAACUCUGAAAACUUUGUACGUCUCUUGAAGAUUUAUGUGGAGUUAUUGAAAUGCUGGCUCAAUCAAUUCAAUGACGAUGACCCGGUACUGGAUAAGCGUGAUGUAAACGAUACUUUGAUGAACAAUGAUGUCCUUAAUGAUUUAUACCAGAUAAACCAUAAGGCAUCUGAUUUAACGAACUUGGAGCCGCCAUCUUCGAAAUUGAAGCCAUACGAGGAGCUUGAAUGGAAAACAAUUAUCACUGUGAUUGAAGAAGUUGAAGGAAAUGGAUUGUUCUUCCUCUGUUCGAAUGACAGUCGUAUUAGACUGUUUGCGAUCUCGAUUUUGAAAGUUGUGGAACAAUUUGACCAAUCUAUCUAUAACAGUACGAACAAAGAGCUCAGUCCUUCAAAUUCCAAUUCAAACUCCAAUUCAGGAAAAGGUCACUCCAGAAGCUCUUCAAAGUAUGUGGCCGAUGAGGGAACGAGAUUGAUCCAUGUGAUGGAGAAUCAAGACAUCCUUGAGCUAAUCAAGCCAAUAAAACACGAAAUGAGUGUUCCCGAAAGAACAAGAUUGAGCAAGAUCAAGAACAAGAAGGGCACAAUUUUGAAACUCGCUGCUUCUGAUUAUGGAAUUGAUUCGACUGUAUGGUUUAGAAUCUACCCUAAACUUUUGGAUAUUUUCUUCGAGAAGUGUCCAAUGCCUCUUGCUCUAUGCCGUUCAACAGUUUGCGUCCGCUUAGUUCAGAUGCACGAGAUAGUUGUCGAAUUCUCAGAGAAUCAUAAAAACAAUACGUCGUCCAUUUUUGGACGUCCAACUUCUUCCACACCUCCGGAAGUUUUGGUGAAUCAAUGGAAGCUUUACCUAAUUUUUGCUUGUUGUUCUUUGACUAGUACAAACGAGCAGAAGAUUUCAAUUCCUUUACAGCCAACGCAUGGACGCAAGAAGUCGUUACCCAUGUAUAUUCAGCAUCAGAAAAUCACUAGUGCGAAAUCUAUUUUCCGGAUGGUUUUACCAUUACUCAAAUCACUUCAACCAAUGAUAAGGGAGGCAGUAAUUUCUGGUCUCAGUUCUAUCAAUAUCAACAUCUGCAAAACCUUAGCAGAAAAUCUACCCGAAUGUAUCAACGACUGGGAUACACAAUCAAUUAAAAGAAAUCGAGCAGACGAUAGAGUUCGAAUUGAAGUCGUUCAUAUCUUGAGCAUCAUUACCAGCAGAUUCAAAUCUGAUUCAAUACUUUACUCCGACGAUUCAACUGUUGCAAACUUUGUCUCAAUAAUUAAGAAUGUUAAGGGAUUUUUGUCAGUGCAAUCAAUUCAAACUCUGCCAGAAUUUCAAAGUCUCAGGAUUUACUUCAGUUCUCUUUUGGAAAAUGUCUUUAUUGGAUUGAAGGAUCGACUGGACUUGAAUAGGUGGCUUCCUUUUGAGGCGCGUAUUGGAUGCUUCAACUUCUUGAAGGAGUGGUGUGGCUUUGGUGACUCAAAAUUGAUUCUUGAAGAGAGAUACGCUCAUAUGAUGCAGUGUACUCUGCAAUUGAAGAUUCCAACAGCGGCAGCAUUUCUAGAAAUGGAGAAGAAGACAUUGCAGAAUGCGUCAUUGAGUUGCAUGGCCACAAUCUGCUCAGGUGUCUUGAAACAAACAUUCAAUGUUCCUGGAAAAACCGCAGUGAUGUCUUUUGAUAUAAAAAGCGUUAUGAAUUGGGUUCACGAAAUCAUCAGUUCCGAUAACGAGAAAGUCAAAGAGAUUGGGCAAGUUGCAUUGAGAAACAUUCUUGAGUCCAACAUUAACAGUGAUGAUAUCUAUCAAGAUGUCUUGAGCCAGUGUUACAACCCACAAAAUUCUUUGCAUGUAAGGGAGGUAUAUUUCACUAAUGUUGUGAAGACCUUCUUGAAAUCAAAGCAGAUCGAACUGAUGCCUUAUGAUAUUUUCAGUCUAUCUACCUUUUUGGUGGGUACAGACAAUUAUGAGAUCAGAUUUGCUGCAGUGAAGCUCCUUAAGCAUAUUGAAACAAAGUUUUUGAACACCUCAUCAAUGGAUUAUUUCACUGAAAGCGUUUGUUGUUCCACCAUGGUUGUUUACAAAAAAGUUCUUUUUGAAAUUUCAGUUAAGUUGGCUUCGGAACACCCAAAAGAUGCGUUCACAUAUAUCAGUUACUUAACGAAGUACUUUAUCGCUGUUGAUAAUUCAACUAGAAAAGAUAUCUUAGCAUGUCUCCUUCCUUGGGUUCAAACAGUGGGGUUGAAAUACGCUGGAGAUGUCGAAACUGAAAAUGGAGAAGCGGAGACAAUUCAGGUUAUCGAACAGCCCCAACAGAUUGACCCCGCAUCUUUGAUGGUGCUUAACAACUUGUUUGAGAUUACUGUUAAGUUCAGCAAGAAGAUUUCAAAUGAAGUCGAAGCAUUGUGGGUUGCUCUCGGAACAAACGCAAAAAAUUUUGAUAUAAUAUGUGGUUACAUCAUCAGAAACUGUUUGGAGAGAAAAAAUGCAAGCUUCGUGUCAUAUUCAAGGCAAAUUAUUGCAUACUUGGUGUUUUCCAAACCUGAUGCUUCUUACAUCAUCAAGAAGUUGAUCGACAACCUACAGCCGAAAGCAAUGGUGCCCUUGCAACAGAAUAACAGAAAACCUACUGAAAGUGAAGAGUUAGACUUCCCAUAUACAGCAGACAUAUCCAAACUCCUUGGUACAGGCGGUAAAGAAUCUCCAUUCUCCCUCGGCCAGUUGUCAAUGAUCUUCUUAGUUGAUUUGUUCCGAUCAAAUAAUGACAUGAUCUUAGAACAUCUUCCAUUAUUGUUGCAUGUUUGUUUUUCAUUACUUGACCAUUAUUUUCCCCUUGUUCAAGAACAAUCAGCAUCCUUGAUAAUUCAUUUGGUGCAUUCGAUAGCUCCUGGUAACCAGAAGUCAAUUCAAGUUAUGGAUACAUUGAGACAAAAAGAUCACCACAAACACUUGUGGGUCUACGAGGACUUGAAUAACGAUAAAAAAGGAGGCAUGACUCCAAAAAAUAUGGAUCUUCUAGUGAGAAAUAUCCUCGAGAUUUUCACUCCCACUGUUCCAAAUCUUCAGACAGAGUGGAGCAGAGUUUCUCUUAAAUGGGCUACUACAUGUGCUGUUCGUCAUUUGGCAUGCCGUUCAUUCCAACUUUUCAGAUCACUCUUGUCAUUUUUGGACCAAUCCAUGCUUAAAGAUAUGUUGCAUAGACUAUCAAACACGAUUGCAGAUGAAGGAGUGGAUAUUCAGGGAUUUGCAAUGCAAAUUCUUAUGACAUUGAAUGCAAUCACAGCCGAGUUAGAUUCUGAGAAAUUGAUUGACUUCCCUCAAUUAUUCUGGUCGAGUGUGGCAUGCCUCAGCACAAUUCAUGAGCAUGAAUUCAUCGAAACAAUCUCAACCAUGUCGAAGUUCGUUUCCAAAAUUGACCUUGAUGCACCAGAUACCAUCUCAUGCUUAACAGCAACAUUUCCGCCAAAGUGGGAAGGAAGAUUUGAAGGCCUACAGCAAGUUGUGUUAGUAGGUCUUCGCUCGGCAACCGCAUGGGAUGCAACCAUCAAAUUUCUUGACAAGUUGAAUAAAUUGCAAGAUAGUAUCAUUAUUGGCUCCGGUGAUUACAGACUUCUAACCGCUUUAUUAACCAACUUGCCAAGAUUCUUGCACGCCCUUGAUCAGAAGUCCAUUACAGCUGAAAUUGAACAAGUGUGCGAGCUCAUGAGUCAGAUGGCCAUCAACUGUGACAAGCCAUCUUUGGCGAGAAUCUUGAAUUCUCUCGCAAAGUACCGUUUUAGAUCAAAGAAGGAUUUCUUAGUCCAAACCAUCUCCACCAUACGAACUAGUUUCUUCCCAGAGUACGAGGCGCAGACACUCACUAUAUUAUUGAGUUUGCUUUCGAACAAAAUUCCUUGGGUUAAGUUGGAGACGCUCAGUAUCCUCAAGCAUAUUUUUCCGCUCGUUGAUCUUCAGAGAGAUGAGUUUCUUGGAGUUGGCGCUGAUCUUGUUUCGCCUUUGUUGAGAUUGUUAUUGACAGAGUACGCCGAGCCCGCAUUAGAGGUUAUCGAUGAAGCGGUGGUCAUUUCAGGCUCUCAGAUGGAUAAAGACAUCUUGAGGAUGAGUUUAGGAGGAACCUCGAUGAGAAGGGAGUACGAAAAGACAGCUACACUCUUUGGAAUUCCAGAGGAGAGCGGCUGGGCCAUCCCAAUGCCCGCCAUGGUUGCAGCCAACACGAGGCACAAUGUUCAUGCUGUUUUUGCCACUUGUGGAGAGUCAGCAGUUGUUGAUGAGGUUUCUAAGGAUUCUUUUGCUGGUGAAGAUAUUGAGUUCUUAAUGGACGAGUACCACCCGCAUAGAUCAGAUUACGGAGAUGCCCAAUCUGUGGGUGUUGAGGAGCCAGCAGCCUCAUUGAGUAACAUGUGGGCUGCGUUGGACGAUUUUGACUCUUUUUUUACCAAGUCGGACCAGCGCGCUCAGAUUGCCUCUGGAGCUCCUAAUGGCCGUCAAUUUGCCAAAAAGAAUAGUGGAUACCAUGCGCCAAGCUUGUCAAUGGACACAAAGACUAGCAACUCCAGCGAUCUCACAUCACCUAUCGAUUCAGUACCACAGGUUUAUGAUAAGAAAGCACUUGUUAUUCUUAACCGGAGUUUGGCAAGAACGCAAUCUACUACCUCGUUUAAGAGUAGUUUGGCAGAUAACUACGGAUCUCCUACUAGUUAUGGCGGCCAAGUUGACAAUGGCGGAGCCAAGAGGUCAUACAUCCCGUUCCGGAGCAGCAAGCAUGCAAAAAGCAAGGAUCCAUACAUGACACCCAAGUUGAACUCGUCAGGUAGUGUUUUCGACCAAAGCACCAUUGGCACUCCACCGACAAAGACUCCCAACAAGUCUAGUCCGCCAGUGCCAUUUUUAGCUCCGCUGUCAGCAAGUCCACAAGAAACAAUUUCUCAAGACUCAAUGAACUCGGAAGCCAUCAACCGAUUCGAUGCAAUCUUGAAUGGAAGAAAGAGGAGCCGGAAGCCAUAG